CUGCGGCUCUGCUGUGGUCGACGCCUUCAUCGACAGGGUACUCUGCGCCGCCGGGGCGAGGCGAGGCAGCGCGAUUCGUUGUGCAUGAGCAAAAGAGCAUUUGAUGAGAGCUAAGGCGAAUCUGAGACAGCGGCAGAUCGGCUGCCGCCCUCCUCUUCCCAGUGUGGUCUUGGAUGCGCUACCGCACGAGCCAGUAUGCAUCAAACUCACUCUCGUUGAACUGUAUCGCCCAUCUCCAGGACCAUCGUCGGUGCUCGGGCCACCAGGCGCUUCGUUCGCCACACGAAUGCUCUUCGCCGUAUGUAUCUCGCCGUCUCCUUCCCGAUCGGCUGUGUGGCGAGGCGCUUCAAAGGAUGAUCCAUUCUUGUGUGAGAUUGCCCGCAAGGCGUGGUCAAGGAUAAUCCACAAACCUCUAAGAAGUUCUGAUUACUGGGCGCAUGGAUGGCCUGCUGUGUGCCCACCAGUCCCUGUGAAUAUGGCUGCUGACCAUUGCUAUGUUCACGCUCUCGCAACAAUUCCAACCAGGAUCCACCACUUUGUAGCCGCGCACUUUUUUCAGCGCCAUCGAUCCUUGACUGUGAUGCAGGUAGGCACACAUACAUGCGUUCCUGGCAAUGAUCGAUGGGGGGGGAGAAGGUGCUCCAGCAAAAUGAUGUUUUACUCUAUAUCUGUCAAUCCCCUGAAUAUGCGACACUGUCGCAAUCGCUUGUUGACAACCACUUUUUCGAGUCUGAUACAUUGCUGGCGCCACCUUUGAGGCUCGGAUUGUGCGAGUGUGCAUCCAUUGGUAUUCUGUACUCACCCAGCCUGUUUGCUCUUUGGUCAUCGAUAGGUAAUGUCCACAAUGCGUCUCAGGGUGAGCGCCGGGGCGGGGGCGGGCAGGGUCCUUGAACGGCAGCAGCGCAUGUAGCGAACAAUACACAGACGGUACACUG